AUGCAGCGAGCGCGACGCCGCGCCGCGUGCGCGCUCGCGCGAUGGACGCGAGGGACGAUCGGGGAGAUGACGGCGACGACGCCGGGGACGACGACGACGACGACGACGCGCGGCAUCGCGACGUCGUCGGCGCGAACGCGCGCGGCGUACGAUAUCAACACGCGAACGAAACCGCACUUAAACGUGGGAACGAUCGGACACGUCGAUCACGGGAAGACGACGCUGACGGCGGCGAUCACGAAGGUCAUGGCGGAGGCUGGCGGGGCGAAGGAGAUCGCGUUCGACGCGAUCGAUAAAGCUCCGGAGGAGAAGGCGAGAGGAAUCACGAUCUCUACCUCGCACGUGGAGUACGAGACGGAAAAGAGACACUACGCGCACGUUGAUUGCCCGGGACACGCGGAUUACGUGAAGAACAUGAUCACGGGGGCGGCGCAAAUGGAUGGAGGGAUCCUCGUCGUGAGCGCGGCGGAUGGACCGAUGCCGCAGACGCGAGAACACAUUUUGCUCGCGCGACAAGUCGGCGUUCCGUCUCUCGUGGUGUUCAUGAACAAGGUGGACAUGGUGGACGACGAGGAGCUGGUGGAGUUGGUCGAGAUGGAGCUUCGCGAGUUGUUGAGCUUUUACCAGUUUCCGGGCGACGACAUUCCCAUCAUCAAGGGAUCGGCUUUGCACGCGUUAAAGGGAACGGAAGACAAGAUUGGGAAGGAAAAGAUCUUCGAACUCAUGAAGGCCAUCGAUGAGUACAUUCCCGAGCCCAAGCGGGCGUUGGAUAAGCCCUUCUCCAUGCCGGUCGAGGACGUGUUUAGCAUUCAAGGUCGCGGCACCGUCGCCACGGGUCGCGUGGAACAAGGCAUCGUUCGUACGGGUGACGAAGUCGACGUCGUCGGUAUCACGGCGACAAAGAAGACCACCGUCACUGGCGUCGAAAUGUUCAAGAAGACGCUCAACGAGGGUCAAGCCGGAGACAACUGUGGAUUGCUCCUCCGCGGCUUGAAGCGAGAAGACGUCUUGCGCGGUCAAGUGCUGUGCAAGCCGGGAUCGAUCAAGCCCCACAGUAAGUUCGAGGCCGAGAUUUACGUUCUUAAGAAGGAAGAAGGCGGUCGUCACACGCCGUUCUUCUCCAACUACCGCCCGCAAUUCUUUAUGCGAACCGCGGAUAUUACAGGGAACAUCACCCUUCCGGAGGGUACCGAGAUGGUCAUGCCGGGCGACAACGUCACCGCCGUAUUCGAGCUCAUCACCCCGAUCGCGAUGGAACCCGGUCUUCGCUUCGCCCUUCGUGAAGGUGGUCGUACCGUCGGCGCCGGCGUCGUGUCCAAGGUUCUCAACUAG